AGGCAUUAUGCAUAUUCAAGACUAAUCAACGUAAGCUUCACAAAACUAAGUCCACAUAUAGCCUCGAAGCAUUUUGCGGCGAGUCUUGAGCGAGUGGCAACACCACCUUUUAAAACACGGCUUGUACUGAACCGCCAAACCCACCCCCACGAAAAAACAAGAAAAGAAAAAGCGCUUCUCCUUGAAGAAUCCCCUAAUUUCCUCUUGUGGUUAAGAGAAAUGACGCUGAAGCUACCAAUGUGUCGCUUCUACAGCUCCAGCCUUUUCUCCUGCAAAUUACCAUAUACUACUCGAAAGCUUUCAGCGAGAUGGUUGGAGUUGAAAAUCCGCAAUUAUGUUUCUGUAAGAACUUUUGCUUCCGUGACUGCAGACAAGGGUCAACCAAACAAAAAGAAAAGAAGACUGGAUGAAUUGUGUCUUGAGAGAUUUCAGCAAUACAGCCGUACAUUUAUACAGUCAUGGAUCCUUCAAGGCAAAGUGCUUGUGGAUGGAAAAGUCAUUACCAAAGCAGGGUCUCAAAUCUCUGAUAAAGCUGUUGUGGAGAUCAUGGCUGAAAUUCCCAAGUACGUAUGCAGAGGAGGACAUAAACUGGAGGCUGCGAUUGAAAACCUGGAGAUCGAUGUUGCAGGAAAAGUAGCUCUUGAUUCAGGCUUGUCUACUGGAGGAUUUACUGAUUGUUUACUUCAGUAUGGUACUUCAUUUGUCUAUGGAGUCGAUGUAGGAUAUGGACAG